AUGCCUGCCAUCCGGGGCCGGGGAAGCGCAGGGUAGACAGUGAGCGACUCACACGCAGCUUGACUUGUGUUGACUAGGUCCAGGGACGUGGACGGGAACGGGCACGGGAAGAACGAGCAAAGCACACCCACCAGGCCUGUUUGCGUGGGCCUCCUUCUGUUCGCUUCUUUGUUCGUGUGCUCACACGCACCUACGGAUACACCUUGCUCCUUACCUUUCCACACCCACCAUACUACUUUCUUCGCUCCCCUCACCACCACCUACUCUGAACCCAAGACUCAUUUCCCUGGCCAACAGCACGGCAUGGACACCCUCCGCACCCUUGUGGGCGGCUCGUCCGUCGUGGACGGGAUGAAGCUCGUCGUCCUCGGUGGCACGGUCGAGACAGCGAGGCGGAUGAGCAGUUCUGCAUGGAGCCAUUUCGUGAACUCUUUCUUCCUCACUGCGCACUUCUCGGAGGAGGAUCACCCGUACGACUGGCUGAUGCUAUGGCUCUCGCGACGCCCCGAAUGGCAACGUUCGCGGGAAUUCGAGACGACUACCCGGGCAGCACACGCGGGCCAGGCCGGAUGGGAGGAAGAGGACAUCACUUCUUCGUCGUACUUCGACCCUUCUCCCUCCUCAUCAUCGGCAUCCACUCCCUCACCGCCCUCCAAAACGCGCGUGAUCUUCCAACCGACAUUCGACUCUACACACACAAUAUUUUGGCGCGGGCACUGGCUGCGGGUCAAACGUGGAAGAGGUACCGACGGGGGCGAGGUCCUCAGCGUCAGCGUCGUCGCUAGAUCGAACGAUGUGCUCAAGGCACUUGUGAUGGUUGCGAAGCGGGAGUAUGAAGCGGAGGCGGUGCAUCGUAUCCAGAUUUUCUUUGCUGACCCGCAUGGGAGCUGGAGGUGGGCCGAUGCCCGGCAUAAGCGCCCCAUGGGAAGCAUCGUUCUCGACCCUGGCGUAAAGGAAAUGUUAUUAGGUGAUGCACGUGAUUUUCUUGCGAGCGAGAAGUGGUAUGCGGAUCGGGGGAUCCCGUUUCGAAGAGGAUAUCUUCUGCACGGUGUGCCAGGGUCGGGCAAGAGCUCUUUGAUCCAUGCGAUCGCAGGAGAGCUUAUGCUCGAUGUGUACGUCGUAUCGCUGUCGAGUGCUUGGAUAAGCGACAGCGUAUUGAUGAGUCUCAUGGGUCGGGUUCCAAAGGGUGCCAUUCUGCUCUUAGAAGACCUCGACGCUGCGUUCACCAGAUCCGUCUCCCGCACUGAUUCUGGCGAUGGACAAGGAGAAGGCCCCGAGCUGCCCGCUGGUUCGAAGCGGCGUGCCAGGGCCGAGGCUGCUAAUGCCGCCAACGCCUCUAAUACAAUGAGCGACCUGAACACCCUUAGCUUGAGCGGGCUGCUCAACGCGCUGGAUGGUGUGGCCGCUGCAGAGGGCCGGAUUCUUUUUGCCACGACCAACCAUCUCGAGAAGCUUGAUCCGGCAUUGUCUCGACCGGGGCGGAUGGAUGUGUGGGUCGAAUUCCGGAAUGCGAGUCGCUGGCAAGCGGAGGCUCUGUUUAGAAACUUUUUCCCAGAGGAAGAACCGGCUGCUUCUGAUUCUGAGGAUGAUAUCGUGCUGGAUGGGAGUGCCCUUGGGACCAAUAUGCGCUCGGCGUCAUCCACCUCUUUGUGGUCUGACACCUCCUUCUUCUCGUCUUCGUCCUCGUCGACUCCAUCCAUCCCUUCGACCCCAUCAACAGACCCGUCAGUCCCCGGACUGCCCCAAUUCGGAAGCUCCAAUAAGACAUUCCUCCCACCGCCCGUGGCUCCGGAAAUUCUUGCGGCCCAGCACUCCGCUCGUCCGCUAGACUCGCGGACCCUGGCUGUCCUUGCGCGGACCUUUGCUGAGGCUGUGCCGGAAGGCGAGUUUAGCGUCGCUGCUCUACAAGGAUACUUGCUGAAGAACAAAUCGCGCCCGGCGGCUGCGGCGAACGAGGCUGCGGCAUGGGUUGCUGGUGAGCGAGAGAUGCGUGAGAGAAUGGCAAGGGAAAAGGAGGCGAGAGAAGGCAGAGAGCGGGAGGAGCGUGAGAAGAGACGGGCCAAGAAAGCUGCGAGAAAGCUGAAGAAGAAAGCUGACGCGACGGCGGCAGCGGCGACCGCAACAACUGCCGGUGCACCUGCAGCCGCAAGUCCGACGGUGACUGCACCUGUGCCGGCGGUCCCGACGGCAUUGCCAGCACCAACACCAGCAACUGUGGCAACUACUGCGCCCGGACCGCCAGCUCCUGAGACCACUGCGCCAAUAUUCGUUCUGGAACCGACAGCUGCAGCCCCAGUCGCAGGUCCGCCGCAAGUUGCACCUCCUGUGCUAGCCCAAGCUCCAGCGGUUCUGCCAUCCGCAGCCGCACUCCCAAUCCCCGAUCCAACACCUCCAGCUGCCGUCCCAUUUGUACCUGAAGCUUUAUCAGCACCCGAAGCAUCCAUGGCACAGGCACCCCCACCGGUAGCGCCUGCACCUGCCCCUGCCGACGAAUCCUCCUCUUCCGACUCCGAUUCGGACUCUGAUUCAGAUUCGGACACCUCUUCUUCGGACGACGACACCGACGACAAGGACAAAGCAAAACGGAAGGCCAAGCGUAAGGCAAAGGCGAAGGCGAAAUCUGCAGCCAACGCGGCGCAAGCCCAGGCACAAGGGGUUCUAUACCCUGCCCGGCGCUGGGUCGUCUCUCGUGGGGUACCGACGCAGUGGCCUGGUCAGCAGGGCGGAGGUGUAUGGGGCACGCCAGGGUGGAUGUAGUAGAGUCGGAGGGCGUUGAUGGGUCGCGGGGCUGGUUUCUCUGUAUAAAUGCUAUUUCUGUAUCCAUUUCGUGCCGGCUCUCUCUCCGUGCCCAUCUCAACUUAUCGUCUUGCAGAUUCUUCCAGGGCUAGUUCUUGCUGAUCUACGGACUCGUACAUAUCAUCCAUCUUCGUGCUUUCAAUCAUCCAAUACAUAUCCAAUACAUACAUAUCUGAUAUCACAGGCAACUUCAAUAUACUCGUGCUCCAGACUCCCUCUUCUGCGGUCAGCGUGCCAGUUCCUAACGCAUCGGACUUGUGAGACUGCCGAGAAACAUUGA